UUUUUUUUUUUUAAUAUGUUUUUGGGAAAAGUAAUAACUCUUGAAGUCCAAUAAAUACCACCUUAAUGAUUACACGCAUUACAUCAAAAUUCAAAACCCAGAGAGAGAGAGAAGAAAAUUAAUUAAAAUUAAUUAAGAGUAAAAAUGAGAAGCCCGAAAAGAGAAGGCGGCGUGAAGAGGGGCCCGUGGACGGCGGAGGAGGACGAGAUACUGGCGGGAUACAUAAUGAGGGAGGGAGAGGGGCGGUGGCGGACGCUGCCCAACAAGGCGGGGCUACGGCGGUGCGGGAAGAGCUGCCGCCUCCGGUGGAUGAAUUAUCUCCGGCCCUCCGUCAAGCGCGGCCACAUCACCUCCGAUGAGGAAGAUCUCAUUCUCCGCCUUCACCGUCUCUUAGGCAACCGAUGGUCUUUAAUAGCUGGACGAAUUCCAGGCCGUACGGACAAUGAGAUAAAGAACUAUUGGAACACUCAUUUGAGCAAGAAAUUGAUGAGCCGAGGGAUUGACCCCAAAACUCACAAGCCUCUAAAUAACAAACAAAAUCACGGCCAAUUAUUGAACGAAAAUGGGAUUAACGUUGAACACGGAGAUGCUGGAUUAAUUAUGAGUAGCGACAAUCGUGAAUCUAGUCAUCAUAAGAAUGGCAUGAAGCUGGAAAAGAAUUCGACAAGUGUUGAUGAAGGAAAAUUAGUAAUGAAUGUUAAUGAAGAUGGAGCUGAUUGUGAUGAUGGCUUGAUAAAUAAUUGUUGCCCGGAUGACGCAUUUUCGUCCUUCUUGAAUUCACUCAUUAACGAUGACAUGUGUUUUGGGAUCAAUGCCGGUUCUGUGUACUACGGAUAUUUUGCUACUCUUUCAUGAGACCACAUGUAUGCGUCACAAUAUUGAAAGGAUCAAGUGUAAUAUUAUUUUCUCGGCAUCCAAUGAUUUUUCAUCAUCUUUCCUACGAGUAACAACAAUUAAUAUUAUUGUAUCCUCCUGUUGGGAACUUUUGGUUUCUUCUCCUAUUGGGAGUUUUUUCUUUAGUUGUUGUGUUGUAGGUUGACUCUAGGCUGCCGUCAGUGUGUACGUGUAGACCUCUCUACAAGAGUCAGCUGUUCAGCUUAUUCGGCCAUUGGCUGUAUAUCGACUGAAUAGCUGUUUACUCCUCUCGAUUUUUGUUGU